AUGAUAAAAAAUUUAAUUGAAAAUGCCAAAUUAACAGCUCAAAAAGUGAUGACCAAAGAAUAGCAACAUAAGCAGUAAUAAAUUGAAUCCUUUCCUACUUUUGAGUAAUUGGCUUUUAAAAAUUAUUCAAUCCCGAAAGAUAAUUUAUGGUAAUACUCGAUUGAAGAUUUGUCUAAUAUUCUGCAUUAAAUGGAAGAUUAUAUCAAUAGACUAUAAAGAGGAUACGAUGAUGUUUGCUAAUAAUUUUUGCCCAUGUUUAACAAAUUUGAAAUGCUCGAAAAGGAAAGAAAGAGAAUGGCAUAAGAAUUAUCAGAAAAGGAAAACCAUUGCAAGGAAUUAGAGCAAGCCAUGAUUGAAAUGUAGGCUGAUGCUGACAAUGAGUUAAGAAAGAAGGAAGUCAUUGAAUGCGAAUUAGAAUAAUCAAAAAAAGAAUUAUAAACUAUUUAAGCAUAAAUAAAUUGGAAUAAUAAUCAGAUAGAUGAUAAAGAGUUAUAAGAGAUUAAUGCUGCAUUUAUCGAUCUAGAUAAAAGUAAUGAUGAACAAUAUAAAUAAAGAAUAGAAGCUUUGCAAAAAGAAAUCCAAGAAUAUAUUUAAUUGAACAAGGAUUAACUCCAUAAAAUAAACUUGUAAGCUUAAGAAAUCGACAAGCAGAGUUAAGAAAAUAGAUAGAUUAAUAGGAAUUAUAAUAUGGUAUUACAACAAUUAGCAGAUUAAUAAUCAAAAAGUAGGUAGGAGAUUGAAUCUAAAUAAUAACAAAUCAAUAUGCUCAUUAAGGAAAAUAAUAAACUUAUCAACUAAUUAUAAUAAUUCGAUGCUCAAAGAAAUAUCGAACUAUAAAUAUAAUUAGAAAACACAAAAUAAAAAGAGGAAAUCUAGGAUUUAAAGAAACUUCUAAUAAUGAAAGGAGAUGAAAUCAAGGCACUUAAUGACUAAAUUUUAAAUGAAAAGCAGUAAUAGCAAUAAUUAAAUGAUUUGAUUAAAGUCUUGAAAGGAAAAAGAGAUGUAGCAAUAAGCGAAAUAACUUAAAUGUAAUCAAAAUAAUAAGUUGAUAAUUCACAAUCCAUCACUUAAUAAAAAUUAAAAUAAAUAAGAUUUUCAAUUCAGAAUAAACUGAUAUCAAUGAGAAAGGAAUUUGAAAACAUGUAUAAACAGUAUUUAACAUUAAUUUGUAAGCUUGAGGAUAAUAAGCUUUCAAAUGACCUAAUGAAAUUAGAGUCAAUAAUUAAUAAGAUAGUAAUAGAUAUGUAAGAUUUAGUUGAUGAAGUUGAAGAUCUAAUGAGUUGA